CUGAGGUUCUACGAAGAAUUGGGGAAUGAUAAUAAUAUAAGUUAGUACUAAAAUAAGGCCACUUACUUUCUAAGUACAGCUGUAUUAUGCUAUCCGGAUCGUUUUCUUGAUGAGGCUCACCGAGACCCCGGUGAGCGUCUCGAGUGGACAAAUGGCAUGGCGUAGAUGGUUAACGUUGUCGUUCAUCUCCCAAAAUUGGAUUUGACCGGGACCGAGUCCUAUGUACCUAACACGACUUAUACAAUACUACCUAGCGGGCGUAAUGGCUCGUGCACCGUUGCGCGAACUAACAUAUAAUUACCUAGCAUGAUAGAUGGGCAACUGAGGCAGCCCGCCAAUACAUAGAUGCUGCCUGUUUCUACACACACACUAUUAAGUGCGACUAAUCUAUAAAGCUUUAACCUAGCAGGGCUUACGACGAGAGAUUCAUAUACGAAAUACAAUACAGAAAACGUCUUGGUAAUAACAGCCACCAAAUUCGGAUAAUUCUCGGGAGAUAGGUAUCAUCAUGAUUCCUAGGUUACAUUCAGGUUGACCAACAAUAGACUAGGUUGUUAUACAGUUAAGGCUUACUCGCAAUUAUACAAAGUCAAACUGAAAGCGCCAUGGCAUUGGGUUAUAGUAGCUUCGAAGAGGUUAUCGAUUAUUAUCGCAAAUGGUCGAAGACUGAGGGGCACGAAGCCAUAAAUAAUGGCAAUGGUAAUGCAUCGUUCCAAAUUGGAGGAAUUCUAGGGAUGAGGAAGAAGAACAGGAGUCAUAUCGACGGGGACUUUAAUAAAACCGCCCAGCAGGGUUCGGGUGAGGACAGUGAAGUUAAAGUGGAUGGAAAUGGAACAGUUCAGUUCGGGAUGGAAAACAUUACCAAGAUCGACGGAAACCAAGACCUGACACUGCAAUGUGGUAGGGGCAACAACAGCGAUGUCAGCCGUGACCGAUACUCAUCUACUCUGCUUGGUCUUGGCCACAUGCAUAAUAGCGAGACCAAUUCCAGAGGGAAACAUUUCGAGGAAGGAAAUAUUCAGGAAAUUCAGGGGUGGGUAGAUUCAUGGGCAUGGGCGUGGGGUUUGGCAAAGAAGUGGGCGAGUAGUGCCUGUGGUCAGAUGUGGUAGAAUGGUAAAUUUAUCAAGCUGAUAGAUGGCAUACAAUUUCAGUCUGUUUGAAUUGGCCCACGAAACGUAUAUACCAAGGUCGUCUGGCCACGACCUGAUCUCAAUAUUUCAAUAGUUUCUUCUUCAAGAGGUGAAGUAGCGAGAGACUCAAGACGAGAUUACUUGUGCCACAAACAAAGCAGCAAGAGCAAUAACAAUCGUUGAAAUA